AGUCGUUGUUAUGUACACAAUUUACUAAUGGGCGACGAAUGAAUUGACAGAUCCGAAGCCAUUUAGCUUGAAGUCAGACAAGAUUUUUGCUUUUAUUUCACGAGAGUGUCAAGAAAAGUGAUCUUCAUCGCCAGGAUAUCAUAGGGAAUUGAACGAUGUAUCAUAAAGAAAGUCGGACGAGCCAGCCACACAGUGACUGGAGCUCAGGAGGGAGUGGUCCACCGGGCGCCAUCAUGGAUGACGAUCAUUCCAAUUCACCCAAUGUCAUCAGACAACAAAAACUUGAAAAACAGCGUGCUUUACUCAAAGAGAAACGUGCCAGACACAACCAACCCCUAAUGGUACAGCCUAAUGAAGAAAGGCAGGGUUCCGGUGGGAAGACACGCAGAAAAGUACCAGAAGAAGUGCGCCCUCUGGUGUCACCAUCACACAGUUCGUCAGCGAGUGAGGGCCUGCAAGGGAUAGAUGGACCGGCAGCUACAUACACACUCAAUAACUCUGGAUCUUUCACAACGGUCCAGGUCCUAACCGUGGAAGAAUCUUCUACCGACCCGGAACCAAUGCCAAAAUCCAAAGGAGCAACAGAAACGGAACGCAAACUGAAAGCCAUGGGCAUCUCCGGCACAGUGCCUUUUGAGGAUCCAGACGAUGGUAUACCGACCUCGACCCUACCAGAAGGAAUUGUAGCCCCAGCCAACAUCGGUCCCGCACCUCCCCCUUACACCUCCCUCCAGACGUCGGGGUACGAAGCCCCUGUACAGACCCUCCCCACAACAGGGUACACAGCCGGUGGGGGAGGAAACUUCACCACGCCGACACAGCCAGUGCAGGAAAAGAAGCAGAGACCAGACAGCGGGAACAAUAACCUUGCCGGAGCAGUAGGGGGCGUCCUUGAUGGACCAGAGCUUGAUCGGUUUGUCCUGGCACCUGCUCCCCAGGGACAGUCCGUCAGAUGUCGGAUCACGCGUGACAAGAAGGGCGUGGAUCGAAGCGUUUAUCCCACAUACUACUUACACAUGGAGAGAGAGGAUGGAAGAAAGCAAUUUCUGCUAGCGGCUAGAAGGCGUAAGAAGAGUAAGACGUCAAACUAUCUCAUGACAACAGACCCGACAGACCUUUCUAGAGAUGGUGAAAAUUUUGUUGGUAAACUAAGAGCAAAUUUCAUGGGCACACAGUUCACAAUCUUUGACGGAGGCCUUGCUCCAGGUAAACCUGGCGCAUUACCAGAUGGUGGCAACAUUCGCAAUGAGUUGGCUGUAGUCUAUUAUGAUACCAAUGUUCUAGGAUUCAAGGGACCACGUAAGAUGACGGUUAUCAUACCAGGAAUGAGUCUUGAUCAUAUGAGAGUAGAACAUAAACCAAGGAAUGAACGUGAAAGCAUGUUAGAACGAUUUAAGAGGAAAGACAUGGAAAAUCUUCUUGAGCUGCACAACAAAACCCCUGUCUGGAAUGAUGAUACGCAAUCGUACGUCCUGAAUUUCCAUGGCAGAGUCACGCAAGCCUCCGUCAAAAACUUUCAGAUUGUCCAUGACAAUGAUCUGGACUACAUCAUCAUGCAGUUUGGUCGUGUCGGUGAGGAGGUGUUCACCAUGGAUUACAGCUAUCCUCUCUGUGCAGUCCAGGCAUUUGGUAUCACGCUAAGUAGCUUUGAUCACAAGCUGGCUUGUGAAUGAUCGUUACCCCCCCCCCCCCUUCCCACAUCUCUCCCCCUCUCCCUUUUUUCUCCUACCCUGUAUUCAAGAAUGCGAGUAUCAACCUUCUCUUCUCUACCGCUACGGUCUCGAGAAACCUGCUACUUAAAUUGAAGUGUGAAUCAUCGGAAUUGUCAAACCAGCUGUACGUUCAGACAUUGAUACAAUACAAUCACCCUCUGUAUAUUUCCGACCCCAAUUUUCUCCAUUUCUUUUUCACUCCAAGCAUUUACAGCCUUUCAUGUAUGGCCUACUUUCAUAUGAAUUAGAAAACAGAGACGAAUCUGUCCCACAUAUUGGGUGUUGGAUGUACUUCGUGUGCAUUGUAGAAUUGCCCAAAUGUUAAUGUGAAUAUUGCUGUCCGUACGUUACGAUGGCAUCAGCACAUAUGAUGGUUUGUGGGUUUAAAGUAAUUCUGCACUUUAUAUCUUUUUGGUGCCCUAACAAUACUUCUUUUUUUAUAUGGAUGUCUUUUGCAACCCCUUUGUGCCAAUUCAACACAUUCAAGUAGUCACAACAGCUUUAUUCAUGAAAGACAAUUAGUGAUGCAAAAUUUCAAAGUGUUUAGUAAAUUUGGCAGUCAAUCUGUGCCUGACUCCCUUAGAACUUAAGGUGUAUUUUACUUUGAUUAAGAAAGGUUAACUUGUCUUAUUACCUGACACAACACGUAGAGAAUUCUUGGAUACUGGUAAACAAUAAAUAAGUGUUAUCAUUUGAUGUCACAUCAGCCAGAAGCUGGUAUAAAGGUCGUUACUGGGAGCUUGAAUGUGAUUGGUCAGGCAGAGAUCACAUGAUUAUUAGCAUUUGAUUGUAAUCUCCAGUUGGACAAUUUAAUGAAGAUUGAUUAUUUGAAUAUAUCCUUCAAAAUAUACAUCUUUUCACUCAAACAAGUCCCUUCAUUUCAUGUGUCAUUUUACUUCAACGAUAAACAGGUGUAUAGAUAGAAUUUUAUUCCAGACUUGUUUUUUUUUAAUUAGUCUUGAGUGACCAAAUCAAUGCUUAUGGUCUGUUUUCUUCAAAGCUGUCUACAUCACUGUCACCUUAUUUACUUCUUUCAGUACUACUAAUAGAAGAAACAAUUAUUGUGUUUGUUUCUUGGGUCAGAUUGUACAGUAUCUGUAAAAAGAAAAGAAGAAAAUAAAAUAUGCCAGAUAUAUAGUGUUGAUGUACUAUAAGAGAGAAAUGGACUACUUAACUUGGAAAAU